AUGGCACCCCCUUACAAAAAACGUACUCAUGAACCAGAAGAUUCAGCCUCUUCGGAGGAUGAUGAUCCUUCAAUACAAAAAAUCAACUCUGAUCACUGGUCUAGAUUUCUAGUCAUGUCUUCCACUGAUGGAUCUGCUCUAAAGCUGAAUCCUUUUGCCAUUGCAAAGGGUAUUGAAGGUUUAGCUGGAGAAGUUAAAGAAGUUAAAAUGUUACGUGCAGGCUGUCUUUUGAUUGAGUGCAAGAAACACAUUCAAUCACAGAUUCUCCUUUCAACUAAAUCUUUAGCAAAUGUUCCUGUGCAAGUUUCUCCUCACAGGACUUUAAACAGCAGCAAGGGGAUUGUGCGAGAUGUAAUACGUUGUCUCUCGGACAUGACCAAAGCUGAAAUUGUUGCAGAAUUAAAAUCACAAAAUGUCACUGACGUAAAACGUUUUACAAUGAAGAGAGACAAUGAAACCAUCAAGACAAACACUUAUCUAUUUACAUUUGGUCUUCCUGCUCGUCCUGAAUCACUUAAAGCUGGCUACUGUAACUUACGGGUUGAUGCUUUCAUCCCGAAUCCCCUGAGAUGUUACAGUUGUCAGAAGUUUGGACACGGAUCUAAGUCAUGCCGUAAUGCAGCCGCUUGUCAUCGAUGUGGUGGAGCAUGCGAGGAUGGCAAGUCAUGUACCAAUCCUCCUUCUUGUGUCAACUGCUCAGGUAGUCAUCCGUCCUCGUCAAAGGAAUGUCCUACAUGGAAAUUUCAGUCGAAAAUCUCUCGAAUAAAGCAUGACCGUAAUGUAAGUUUUCUGGAAGCAAGGAAGAGUGUUCUUGCUCAAGAACAGCCAGGAUCUAGUUAUGCCACUACGGCCUCUGUACGACUUUCAAAGCCGAAGACAAAACAUGUAUCUCUUCAGACAAUUACUUGCCAGACUGAUUACACGUGGACAAAGACAUCUGCGCCUACUUUGGUAUCUACGGCAGUUCAAGUGAGGCCUCCUCGACAGAGCUCUUGCUCACAAACCAUUCCUUCAAGUCAAACAAUCAUUCAGUCUCAGGCGUUUUGUGAUAAGGAUUCAUCUUUACCUCAGGUGCAAUCAUUAUCACAAUCAACUCAAUUACCCAAAUCUGACACUAAUGUGAAACAACUUGCAAACACUAAAUCCAAAUCUAAAGCUGAACCUACAAAGAAGAACCUUAGUGGACGAUCCCCCAAAGGGUCCAGUAACCAGGUCCAACUGUUUAAUAAGUUUGGAUCACUCGAGGACAUGGAUGUGUCUGAAAGCAGCCAUUUUCGGUCGCAUAGCUUGUCACCCUCGAGAAAAGUGAGGGGUCGUUCUCCUGUUAAUCCCCCGAAGAGAUAG